AUGGGUUAUGGCGGCCACCCCCACCACGCGCAUGGCCCGGCGCGCGGCGGCGGCGGCUACCCAUACAAAGGCGCCAGCCCCGGCCCCGCUGCCGGCGGCGCGGCCGCCGGCCACGCGUACGGCGCCGCGCCGCAGCAGCACUCGCUUUACACCGCCCACCAUUACCACGCUGGCGCCGGCGGCGGGUUUGGCGCCCAGGGCAUGACAGCCGACCACCACUACUCCCAGCAGCAGCACCACCACGCUUCGAUGGCCGGUCACCAGCAGUACAACCCCUACGUGGGUCACCACGGCGGUUACGCCGGUGACGCCGCCGGUUACGGGCGCGACUACGCGGCGCAGCACCACGCGCACCGCGGGCACGCGCCUCAUGCCAUGUACUGA